AUGAGCUAGUUCCUAUUGGUCAGGUGCACAAGGGUGUACCUGUUUGAUGACCUCCUACAGUCUCUCAGUCUUUACGCAAGUAUCCAAUGAAGUGCAUCGUACUAUCACUGCGAAACACAUUUGGCGACAACGUAUUUUUCUUUUAUCUCCCCGAGUGCGCCCAUUCUGUUAUCUUAAUUUUCUAAUGCGCUCUUUGGGCACAAGCAAGUACAAAGAAAAAUAAAGGAUUAUGAUGCGUAAAAGCACGAUCAACCGCAUCACGUUAUUCCUGCUCCCCUUGUUCGGCAUUUGUCCAAGCAAAUCGUGCACUUUAAUCAGUAGAGUAUUUUGGAUCGUUACUUCAGGAUUCAUUGAAUAUUGUCACUAUUGCUAUUUUUUAUUGCAUUUAAAUCUCGAGAACUUUUUUGAUUUGAUAGACUGUUUAUGUAGCUUUUUGGCACACAUGAAACUAUUAAUCGACUUAAUUGCAUUUUGGAUAAAUCAGCAAAAAUUCAUAGAAACCUUGGCAUUAAUCACGGACGAUUGGAGCGAUUGCGCUAACAGUGACAUCGAUGUACGCAUGGCGACAUGUAAAGCAAAAAUAUCGGAUCGUGUUACUAACAUCAUUCUCAUUCUUCAUAUAAUAGCGAUCAUUGCGUAUUGCGCUGGAAUCAUUCUUGCUGAUAUCGAUAUUACUGAAACAAAUGAACUAAUUUUCUUCAAUAAAUUAGAGCUUCCCUUCAGAAUUAAUACGCAACACAUGUACAAAGGCGUGUUAAUUGCGGAAUUCAUGCAUUUGUUCCUUUCCAAUUUGGGAAUUGGUCUGAUAAAUACUAUACUUUUAACUCUUAUCCUGCAUGUAGGUGGUCAAAUAGACAUUCUCCAAUACCGAUUAGAGCAGCUUGCAUUCAGUGAGAUCAGAAAUGAACAGGAAUCAAUUAUUACCGUGAAUAAAAUUAUACAAAAACAUCAAAAAAUUAUCUAUUUUUCGGAAAAUAUCGAAUCUCUGUAUACAUACAUCGCGCUAUUAUUAUUUGUAUCGAACAUAGCACUAAUAUGCUCGAUAGGUUUUCUCAUCGUAACCGCAAUCGGUAGUCCUGAUGCUACGCAACAAAUCAUAAAGUGUAUUUUAUUUUUCACAAUAACAAAUCUGGAAGCAUAUAUAUAUUGCUACGCUGGAGAAUAUUUAAACAAUAAGGUUAGCAAUACAUACUUUAUAUGCAUUCCACAUAAAAAUAUAUUGAAUAAAAAUAUAUGCAUAUUAUUUGCAACAUAUCUAUUUCAUAUUAUUUAUAUAGAGCAAAGAAAUCGGACUUGCAACGUACAAUUGUGCAUGGUACAAUUUGAAACCCAAAGACAGUCGUGUUUUGUUAUUCAUAAUAUUAAGAUCGCAGAAGCAAUUAACACUUACGGCUGGCAAGAUGAUGGAUCUUUCCUUACAAUCCUUUGCAAGUAUUAUGAAUAUUUCGGGAUCUUACCUGUCGGUUUUGUUGGCAAUGCAAUAAAUGUCACACUCUCAUACCGAUGGUUUUUGAUCAAUAGUCGUGAAGCAUUUACAAAGAGACAUGUAAAUAUAUCUUCACUAGUUAUACUAAUACAUUAUUGUAACAUUAGUUUUUUUUUUCAAACACAUCCUCUAAGAUAAAGAUAACUUACAGAAUACUACAAGAAAAUUUCUUGUAUAUGUACAUAUAUAACUAUAUGAUACCGUACAUAUCCCGUUUUCCCAUGAAAAGAAAUAUCAUGGAUUCCUCAGACCGAGUUUGCACAGUACGAGGACAUUACACCCAAAGGAAGAUGUACAUACAGUUUCGCGGUAGUACGCGAUUUGCUUUUCUGUUAUUUCUUUUCGUCUCUAAACUUUGAAACAUUUUCAAAGCUCACUGGACUUGCAGUUGGAUACAUCGUAUCUACCGUUCGUGCAUAUUUAAAGCGAACGAUUUACGGUAUUAUUAUUGAGUUUCAAAGAAGGGAGAAGACCGCACUUGUUCCUUCUUUUUAUCAAAACUGUGGUAACUUUUGUCAUGGUCUGCACGCAAUAUACAAAUAUUUAAUGAGGAUUUUCUAUUGGUCGAUAGCUCUAAGGAUACACCCAUAUAACUUUCUUUUAGGACCUCCCAGUCUUUACGCAGCUAUUUUAUGAUUCACGUCGAGUUAUCGUUGAGACACACAUUUGUGGCGGAAGUAUAUUUUUUAAUUUGCUGAAAAUAUCCGCGUUAUUGUACAAACUUGGAUACUUUUGUUCGUGCAUACA